AUGACCUACCCUCGCCAUCCCAAUGCCGUUGUUAUAAAGCCUCCAACGCAAACUAUCUCACCACUUAUCAGAUUUGGGAGGUACACGGCACUUGGCCUCGGGAUUCUGUGGGGCGCCUUCCGCUUGCGCCAGAUCCGCGAGCAUCACGCUGAUCUUCGUGAGUGGGAACACGAGAAAGCUGUUGCGAAGGCAGCUGAGGAUGCUAAGAAGAAGAAGUGGGCUUCUCAGGAUGAGAUGCGCUACCUUAUGAAGGUUGUUGAUCUUCCAUUCGAAGAAGGAGUCGCUCAAUUUGGAGUCGCCGAUCUUUAUAGACAGGAUUAG